GUGAUGGUUGGUGCGCAUUAUGAAUGAACUUAAGUCAACGGUUUCCAAAACGUAUGAGUUGGAGAAAGAGAGCUAUAACCAAAUCUUCUCGGUUUCCAUUCAAUCGUAAGACCCAAGUCUGCUAGCUCGAAGCCUAAACGACGGUUAUUGGACCAUAACCGGUUACAGCGGUACAAUAAACAUAUCGAACGAUGCAGAUCCGCACGACACAUUGGUCAACUGUAUUAACGUUACAAAAGUGCAAAACAUUUGAUCCUAUUUUCGCUGCGUUACAUUCUCAACGCUUAGCCUACGUCCUCUCUCUCUCACAAGCGAUCAAACCUCCACGACCAAAAAUGUCCGACUCUCCACCUUCUCCGACGACCGCCGGAGACUCACAAACCACCGCGGCUAACGAAUCGGAUUCCAACGCCAAAUGUCAAACAGCUAUACGAUCCUUAUCCUCCAUCGUCACAACCACAACCAUCCCCUCCACGAUCUCCCUCCUCCUCGACGACUCCUCCGUCUCCGCCGCGAUCUCAUCUCUCCUCCUCCUCCCCGACUCAGGCGCGGGAGAUAACAACCUCUGCCGCUGGCUCUACGACACCUUCCAGUCCGCGGAGCCUCUCCUCCACCUCCUCGUCCUCCGUUUCGUCCCUCUCAUCGCCGGCCUCUACCUCUCCCGCGUCCCUCUCCGCCAACCGCAAGCCGGAUUCGAAGCGGUCUUACUCGCUCUCUACGCGCAUGAGACGACCUCACGCGCCGGUCAGGCCGUAACCGUCAACAUCCCCGAUCUCUCCCACCCCAGCAUCUACCACGAGUCGUCCAAAGGUCCUUCUAAAAACAACUCCACGUGUCUCAACAUCGCCGUCGUCUCCUCAACGCUUGAUCCACACGGUACCGUGAGAUCCACGCGCAGAGCGAGGAUCGUCGGCGUCGCGCUGGAGCUUUACUACAGCGAGAUCUCGAGGAUGCCUCGAGAGUCCAAACUCGAUUUCUGCAAGGCGUGCGAGAAAUGGGCGGGGGGAAACGGAGCUGUGAUGAUCCCUCACGCGGAAGAAGAGAGUGUAGUCGCGAGAUCUGAGAAAGACGGUGGUGGUGGACGGAUUCAUCUGCCGUGGGAGCUCGUUCAGCCGAUGAUGAGGAUCUUGGGGCAUUGCUUGAUGGGGACGAAGGUGGAAGAUAGGGAAGUGACGGAGGCGGCGAGUAGAGCUUGUCAGAGUUUGUAUCUACGAGCGCUGCAUGAUAUUAACCCUAAGGCGAUUCUGGCUGCUGGGAGUCUUCUCCGGUUAAGGGAGAUGGCUCUUGAUCCUAAGAACCAGAUUGAUCAGACUGAGAUAUCAAACGACAACCUUUUGUCUGUUUGAACCUCAUCGUUUUUGCUUUU